GGCCUAAAACUCUAAGCCCCAGUCCAGUCAUUCGAAAUUUGAAACGUUUUAUCCCCCUUUUAGUGUUGUUUCCUCUAUCUAGAUAGCAACUUUAAGACGAACAGCCAUGACCGACUCGGAUGAGACAGCCUGGAUCCAUUGGUUUUGCAAGCAGCGCGGCAAUGAGUUCUUCUGCGAGGUGGACGAGGACUACAUUCAUGACAAGUUCAACCUCAACUUUCUCGAUUCGAAUGUGACGAACUACCGCUGUGCCCUGGAGGUGAUCCUGGAUCUGAACUCAGGCUCAGCCUCGGAUGCGCCCGCCGAGCCGGAACUGGAGGCCAGUGCCGAGAAGCUGUAUGGACUGAUCCAUGCUCGCUUCAUCCUCACCAAUCGCGGCAUCGAGCUGAUGCUGGAGAAGUACCACAAGGGAGCCUUUGGCACUUGUCCGCGCGCCUUCUGCCAACGCCAGUCGGUCCUGCCUAUUGGAUUGAGCGACAAUCCCGGCGAGGAGAUGGUCCGCAUCUACUGCCCCAAGUGCAACGACGUGUACUUUCCCAAGGCGGCAAGGCACUCCAAUCUGGAUGGGGCCUUCUUUGGCACCGGUUUCCCUCACAUGCUUUUUAUGGUUAAUCCCGAUGCGCGGCCCAAGCGGACGAAGCAAAAGUUUGUGCCCAGGCUUUACGGCUUCAAGAUCCACCAGAUGGCCUACCGAUCGCCGGCUGACAUCCUGAAAGACAUGACACCCGAACUCGAAACCCCGGCCCAUGUCUGAUCACGAAAGCGAAAUUUCUCAUGUGAAUCAUCUGUCCCAAGCCCCCUGUGGUGUACUACUGUUCGGCUAGUUGGCUACCAGCUCAUUAAACUCCCAUAACGAAACCAUAA